AUGGUAGUCUUUAAAGAGGAUACAAAUCUUGAGCCGCUUUUUGGUAUGGAAUUUGCAUCGCAUGGGGAAGCAUACUCUUUCUAUCAGGAGUAUGCUCGGUCUAUGGGGUUCAACACUGCAAUCCAAAAUAGCCGCCGUUCAAAGACAUCAAGAGAAUUUAUUGAUGCAAAAUUUGCUUGUUCCAGAUAUGGGACCAAGCGUGAGUAUGACAAGUCGUAUAAUAGACCACGUGCCAGACAGAACAAGCAAGACCCGGAAAAUGCGACUGGUCGGCGAUCAUGCUCAAAGACAGAUUGCAAAGCUUCAAUGCAUGUGAAGAGAAGACCAGAUGGUAAAUGGGUUAUACAUAAUUUUGUGAAGGAGCAUAACCACGAGCUUUUACCAGCCCAAGCAGUCAGUGAACAAACAAGAAAGAUGUAUGCUGCAAUGGCUAGACAAUUUGCUGAAUACAAAAAUGUGGUUGGCCUAAAAAAUGAUCCCAAAAAUCCAUUUGAUAAAGGUCGGAAUUUGGCAUUAGAGGCAGGAGAUUUGAAGAUUUUGCUUGAUUUUUUCACACAGAUGCAGAAUAUGAACUCCAACUUUUUCUAUGCAAUAGAUCUGGGAGAAGAUCAACGUCUGAAAAGUUUGUUUUGGGUUGAUGCAAAAAGUAGGCAUGACUACAUCAAUUUCAGUGAUGUGGUGUCUUUUGAUACCACCUACAUUAGGAACAAAUAUAAAAUGCCUCUUGUUUUAUUUGUUGGAGUGAAUCAGCACUAUCAGUUCGUGCUGCUUGGAUGUGCUUUGGUAUCAGAUGAAAGUACAACAACAUUUUCUUGGCUAAUGCAGACGUGGCUGAAAGCUAUGGGUGGGCAAGCUCCAAAAGUAAUAAUCACUGACCAUGACAAAUCGAUAAAAUCAGUUAUCUCAGAGGUGUUUCCAAAUGCUUAUCAUUGUUUUUGUUUGUGGCAUAUUUUGGGGAAGGUUUCUGAAAAUCUUGGCCAUGUAAUUAAACGGCAUGAAAAUUUUAUGGCGAAAUUUGAAAAGUCCAUCCACAGGUCAUCAACAAAUGAAGAGUUUGAAAAAAGAUGGUGGAAAAUUCUUGAAAAAUUUGAACUCAAAGAUGAUGAAUGGACUCAGUCAUUGUAUGAAGACCGAAAACAGUGGGUGCCAACAUACAUGAGGGAUGUUUGUUUGGCUGGGAUGUCUGCGGUUCAGCGAUCUGAGAGUGUUAACUCCUUUUUCGAUAAAUAUGUGCAUAAGAAGACCACUGUACAAGAGUUCCUGAAACAGUAUGAAGCAAUUCUACAAGAUAGGUAUGAAGAAGAAGCCAAAGCAGAUUCAGAUACAUGGAACAAACAGCCAACAUUGAGAUCUCCUUCACCUUUGGAGAAGAGUGUCUCAGGGGUGUACACACAUGCAGUAUUCAAGAAAUUUCAAGUUGAGGUUUUAGGUGCAGUUGCCUGCCACCCAAAAAGGGAAGGGCAAGAUGAGACGACCAUUACUUUCAGAGUGCAAGAUUUUGAAAAGAAUCAAGAUUUCAUUGUAACAUGGAAUGAAAUGAAGACAGAAGUUUCUUGUUUAUGCUGCUUAUUUGAAUACAAAGGUUAUCUUUGUAGACAUGCACUGAUUGUUCUCCAAAUUUGUGGCCUUUCCGCAAUCCCAGCUCAAUAUAUAUUAAAACGUUGGACAAAAGAUGUAAAGAACAGGCAUUUGGUGGGAGAAGAAUCUGACCAUGGACUAUCCAGGGUGCAAAAAUUUAAUGAUUUAUGUCAACGGGCUAUGAAAGUGAUCGAGGAAGGAUCUCUAUCUCAGGAGAGUUACAGUGUUGCAUGCCGUGCACUAGAAGAAGCUUUUGGAAAUUGUGUGAGUGUAAAUAAUUCUAGUAAGAGUCUGAUAGAAGCUGGCACAUCAUCAGUCACUCAUGGUCUGCUUUGUAUUGAAGACGAUAGUCAAAAUAGAAGUAUGGGCAAGACAAAUAAAAAAAAGAAUCCAACCAAGAAAAGAAAGGUGAACUCUGAGCCGGAUGUUAUGACUGUUGGGGCACAAGAUAGCUUGCAACAAAUGGACAAAUUGAACCCAAGAGCAGUAACUCUCGAUGGCUAUUAUGGUGCACAACAGAGUGUGCAAGGAAUGGUUCAAUUGAACUUAAUGGCACCUACACGGGAUAAUUACUAUGGGAAUCAACAGACCAUUCAGGGGCUUGGACAACUGAACUCUAUAGCCCCAAGCCAUGAUGGUUAUUACAGUGCUCAGCAAAGCAUGCAUGGGCUGGGGCAGAUGGAUUUUUUCCGAACAGCAGGUGGUUUCACUUAUGGCAUGCGGGAUGACCCGAAUGUAAGAACUGCUCCAUUGCAUGAUGAUGCAUCAAGACAUGCUUAA